UUCCCGAUUUGGAAGGCCGCAAGAACAAUGGAAACUCCCGAUUGGGUAGUAAAAAUUAUCACCUCCUUGUUCUCGACCAUCAUGACGGACUAUGGGGACGUCAAAGUCUACACCGUCAAUGGCGCAACAGCCGGCUCUCCAUCGUCCCUCCCCGACUGGCUUACCCGAAAACGCGCGGUAAAGGGGAAGAGCCGCAAGCGCGCCGUGCGCGAGCACGUCGAGGGUACCAUCGAACUUAUCCAGGGUUUCGAGUUCCCCGAAGCCAGCAACCGCGUCAAGACCACCCGAGAUGGGCACCAUGUUAUGGGCACCGGCACCUACAAGCCGCAGAUGCGAGUGUGGGACUUGGACCAGCUGUCCAUGAAGUUCGAGCGGCACACGGACGCAGAGAACGUCGACUUCGUUAUUCUCUCCGAUGACUGGACAAAGUCCAUACACCUCCAAAACGACCGCACGGUCGAGCUGCACACGCAGGGCGGCUUCCACUAUCGCACGCGAAUACCCAGGUUCGGGCGAUCGCUGGCCUACCACUUCCCCUCCUGCGACACGUACCUCACGGCGACGGGGAACGAGGUCUACCGCCUCAAUCUCGAGCUUGGAAGAUUCAUGACGCCGCUGACACUCGAGGAUGAGCAGGACGACGCGCCGAUCGCGGGGGUGAAUGUCGUGGAUAUCAACCCCGCGCACCAGCUUCUGGCGUUCGGUGCUGAGGGGAACGGCACUGUGCAAUUCUGGGACCCCCGAUCACGAUCGAACGUAGGCAUACUACGUCUGCCCACCUCACGCCUCCUCCCCGCGGGCGCGCUGGAUACAGGCGUCAGCGUCACCGCCCUCUCCUCCCGCUCCGAUGGCCUCUCGUACGCCGUCGGUACCUCCACCGGUCACACCCUUCUCUACGACAUCCGCUCCCCCCGCGCGUUCGCGACGAAGGACCAGGGCUACGGCCUCCCCGUCAACAAUGUGAUCUGGAUCGAGGGCGGCAGCCGGAUGGCUGGUGAUGGUCUCAUCCUCAGCGCCGACAAAAAGGUCAUCAAAGUAUGGGACCGUGAUUCCCCGUCGACGAACUUUGCCUCGAUCACCCCCGCGAUGGACUUGAACGACGUGCACCACGUCCCUGGCAGCGGUCUAUUGCUGACUGCCAAUGAAGGCAUCCAGAUGGGCUCGUACUUCAUCCCCCAGCUCGGACCUGCCCCUCGCUGGGCGUCCUUCCUCGAGAACAUCACCGAGGAGAUGGAAGACCAGACUGCCCGGAGCGCAUACGAGGACUACAAGUUCGUCGAGCGCUCAGAGCUACGCACCCUCGGUCUCGAUCACCUUGUCGGCACGCCGGCCCUUCGCCCGUACAUGCACGGCUACUUCGUCUCGCUCCAGCUUUACGAUGCUGCGCGCCUUAUCGCCAACCCGUAUGUGCACGCUGAACAGCGCGAGCGCGCCAUCCGGGACAAGAUGGAGAAGGAGGCCGAGACGCGCAUUCGGGCUCGCAAGGAGCAGCCGGGCGUCAAGGUCAACAAGGCGCUUGCCGAGCGUGUCAUGCGCGAGCAGGAGAAGGAGCGGAAAGCGGAGGAGAGACGGAGGGCCCGAAAGGCCGCCAAAGCCGCGGAGGGCGAAGGCGAUGCAGCCAUGGACGUCGAUGGGCAAGAGCUGGAGUCCACCUCCACCGCCGCUGGUCUACUUUCCGACCCCCGUUUCGCGAAAGUGUUCGAGGACCCGCAGUUCGCGAUCGACGAGAACAGCACCGAGUUCGCGAUGCUUAACCCCUCCGCGGCCGCGCAGAAGUCACGGCGACGCACCCAGGACAGCGAUGAGGACAGCGGGAGCGACAAGGGCUCGGACAGCGAGGACGAGGACGACGGCGGGAGCAGCGACGACAGCAGCGACGCGGGCGAGCUCAGCAAGUUCGACCUGCGCGCGCAUCCCGGGCAGCGCAACGUGCGCGCCGAGGAGGCCUACGCGCGCAAUCGCCGCCAGACGAGGGUCAAGAUGGUCCCGCUCAAGGUGCGCGGUGGCCCCGGUGGGGCGGACAAGGCCGCGUCCUUCGGGCAGCGGAAGUCGGGCACGGGCCCGCGGCGGUCCGGGGGCGAUGACACGAUGGACGGCGGCGUCGAGGUGUCGUGGGUCCCGGCGGCAUCGGGCGGAGAUGAGGCGGCGCAGGCGAAGGGGAAAGGCCGGAGGAAAGGCGUCGAGACGUUUGGCGCAGGGAUGGAGCGGGGUGGGGAGGAGGACGAGGGUCGGGCCUUGUCUGAGAGCGAGAAGAAGGGGCGCACGCAUCGGCGGAAGGGUGUGCGCAGCGGGAGCAAGAGCGCGUUCAGGCGGAUGCAGUGAAGCAGUUUCACCGCUGUCUGUCGAGCGCCGUAGAGCUGCUCGGAGCGUUCCGACCAGCGACCCCUUCUGAGGGCUUGCCUGUGUAAUGGGAGGCUGUGGCUCGUCUUGUAUCGCUAUGUAACGUUUCACUCAGUCCAUUCUCGUUGGGCUCACCACUCACCGUACGCAGUGCUUGGGCUGCUUCAAGUGUGCGUAUGUAUGUGGUCGCUGUCGUAUCCAGAACGGAACAAUGGUGUAUUUCCCGUUAUGGCCUUCCCAUUAUCGUGUUCAUCAUGUGAUUGUGUUCGCAGUUUUUGUCACUGUGCCUCGAGCACCUCGAUCGCAUUCCG